AUGGCGGCGCCCGUGUCCGAGCGGCUUUUCUCGCUGGAGCUGCUCGUAGACUGGGUGCGUCUUGAAGCUGGGCUGCCGCCGCCGCCGCCGCCCCCGUCCGUGGCCGAGAUUGAGGAGGAGCAAGAGGACGACGAGGAGGAGGAGGAGGCAUCGCUACCACGGAUGUCGCGCGGACUGUGCCCCGCAGUGGCCUUCCGCCUGCUGGACUUCCCCACGCUGCUGGUUUACCCUCCUGACGGCCCCGGCGCCCCAGUUCCGGAGCCCCAGCCCGGCCUGGUCCGCUUCGGUCGCGGCAAGUCCUGUCUCUUCCGCCUGCACCCCGCCACCCUGCACGGCCUGCUCCGUCAGAAGCCGCUUCAUGCCUUGCUGCUGCAGCUGCCCCCCGGGCGCCCGACCCCCGCCCCGCGGCUUCUGGGCGCCUGUAGCGUCUCUCUGGCCGCCGCCGCCCACAAGGUCCUGGGACAGGCCGCCGCCUCUGGCUGCUCCCAGGGUCAUCGAGGACGUUUCCCUCUGCAUAACCAAGUCGGGGAGCGGAUUGGGGACAUUGCCCUGUGCUACCGCCUGACUGAUUUGGGAAGCAGCUUAUUGGGCCAUCUUGAGCGCCCAGGGGCUACCACGGCAGUUGGGAUGGAGGGCGUCGCGGUCAGCGCCCAGACCCCACAGGAGAAACAGCGGCCAAACCCAGAACCACUCCCAAGCGAUGCUAAGUCUCUUCUGAGUUUAAAAAUCCCAAAGGCACAUAAGGAUUUGAAGGAAGUAGCUUUCCGUAGUAAGACCAACUCUGGUAACACAGUUUCUGUGGAGCACUGCAAAACCAGCUCUCUUUAUUCCGAUUCUGGUGGUAGGAGGAACGUUAGCCCCCCGAAUCAGGAACUCACAGGGUUGGACAUCGAAGCCAACAUAUUUUGCCCUCCUCCUCUGUAUUACACUCAUUUGACCCAAGAAAAGACGCCGCCUGUACAGGGUACGGUCACCAUUAAGCCUCAGAUAAAUGCACCUGAGGAACUGGAUGGUAUAUUUCUGGAGGGAAAUCAUGUAGAUGUCCCAGCACAUAGUGAUUCUCUGAAACAUACUAAUUCUGGGACACAUGGAGGUCCUCCAAAGCUCAUAAAUCCUCCACAUGUUCAGGAUAUAAGAGCAAGCAAUCAAACUGCAGGUCACGUGCAAACUGAACAAAGUAGAAUUGAUACAAUAAGGCAGCUGCCUUUGUUAAACGCGUUGUUGGUUGAGUUGUCCCUGUUAUAUAACCGACCUGUGGCAGGCCCCACUCAAAUACAUCCUCACUUAGCCUGGUUGUAUAGAACUGAGGAAAAGAAGUCCCCAGAAUCUUCUGCCAAAUGCACGUGUAAAUCUGAGUCCAAGAAGGGCAAGCUUUCUAUGGGGGAAAAUGACAAGUCAGCGCAUCUUCAGUAUAAAAAGAACCAAGUUGAAAACCUCAAAAAAGGUAAAUAUUUUGAAAAGAACAGUGGUAACCCCCCCAAAAGAGGUCCAAGGGGGAAGCUGCUUUACGGCCUAACGAAUACACUGAAACUGCGUUUAAAGCAAACAAAUCCUGGUAUGUUGGUAGUACAUGAAAAAAGAGAACAGUAUAGAAAAAUGCAAGCACAAAUGUUGGGUGCAAAACUCAGGAUUCCAUCAUCCAAAGUUAAAGUAUUUAGCUUUGCUGAACAACCUCAGGAGCCACAUCAACUGCCUAAAGAGAAGUGUUCGGAAUUAGAGGCAUCUUUUGCUGAAAACAGUGAUACCUCAAAGCAAUUCACUGGUAGUUUUGAUGACCCCAGCACAGCUAAAGAAACUAAGCUGAAAUGUGCAACUGAAAAAACAGUAGAGUGUGGUGCACACAGAACAAAUAAUGGUUUAUUGGAAAAAAUUUUGAGUCCUCCUAAUUCCAUUGUCCCAGAAAGGUUUACUCAUGCAGGUAUUUUGGAAAGAGAAAUGGAAAGGAAAACCCAAAGUCCGUGUGUUUUCCAACAGGUUGCAGUUGUUGACAGCAUUGUAAUAGAUAAAGAAAUAGUGGAUAAACACGUCAAAAUCACAGAUGAGGCCAUUUAUACUGAUGAUAUGAGUGAAAGUAAACCAAGUAGAAAUAGUAGCUCUGAAAGCAUCUCAGAACUAAAGUAUUCAGAUGACUUCACCAGCCUUUGCUUUUCCGAAGAGAUCUCUACCACCGACGACACUAGCAGAAUUUUACAAGCUCAUGGUAGCAGUCUAGCAGCAGAAAAUCCAAAACAUAAUCAAGACACAAGUAAGUCUAGUGAAACAAGACCGUCUGAAAGAAAAAACAGCAGUGAAAAGAGUUCUGUUCUCAGUCCACCUUUUUCAGCUGGAUCACCAGUGCACUCACAUAAGAGAUCUCAUAUUUCAAGGAUUCCAGAUAAAAGUUUGGAGGAAGAUUCUAGUAUCUCCACCAGUGAUUUAUCUGUAUCACAUUGGACUGAGGAAAAAGAAAACCAGAUGGAUCGAAACAGUUUGCAUAAUUCUAAAGUUGUUAAACUUAAAACAAAGGUUGGUUGCAAAUCUCCAGAAAAAAGCCAGUCACCUCGGACAUCUCAAGUGAGUUCAUACCUGCCAUCUAAUUUCUCAGAACUAGAACUUAAUGUUCUGGAUAGCAGCAUACCAGAUCACCUUGAGGAAGAUGAUGAAGUUGAUUCACUAAGUAUUUCCAAGCAAUGCAGAGAUAUUUGCGAAUUAGUGAUAAAUAAACUUCCAGGAUAUACGAUGUGAAAAUACGUGCUUUUAAAAAACAUUUCAUUUUUCUAGAACCUACUUGUACUGUUACUGAAACAAUUUUUAAUAACUCUGUAUUUUAGUACAUAAUUUAUAUGAAUAAUUCUUUUUAAGAAAUAUACAUGUUAUUUUGAUAUCUACAUAGUAAUCUGUUAAGUUUGACCAAAUUAAUCAUGAAAUAGCCUUAUAAUCUAGGUAAGAUUUAAGUUGUUUAAUCUUCUAAGAAUAAAAGUAUCCUUUCUAAACUGUCUCUCAAAGUAUCCAUCUGAAGUAUCAGUCAUCCUAAAGCUGACUUCAGGUAUGCCAUUAAAAACAAAAGGCUAGUAAUUAGGAUAUAAUUUUAAUGGGAAUAUGUUUUAAUGAGGAUAAAUCGUUUAACAAAUAUAGAAGAACUUACUGUGUGCGAUGCAGAAAAAUGCAAAAAUAUUUAAGAAAUACCCCUGCAGGGGGGUGAUUGUCGUGGAGGGGGGCACUUGCGGGGAAGAACACUGGGUGUUAUAU